GGGAAGGGACAAUGGUGAGGUGGGGACUGCCUGCCUCCAUGAGUACCAGGCUGCUGAGGCUGGACCAUCUCCUCCUCACUUCCAUCCUGACUGCAGUGUGUGGUCUGAUUCUACACUGAGGGACUCAGGAUGCUGUUGCUCCAAGCUGUUCUAUUGCUACUAGUCCUGCCGAGUCCGGGUGAGGUUACCACGACUGAAGAGACUCUGCCCAAGGAGGGCUGCGCAGGUUGGAUGGCAGGCAUCCCAGGGCAUCCUGGCCACAAUGGGACCCCAGGCCGUGAUGGCAGAGAUGGCACCCCUGGCGAGAAGGGUGAGAAAGGAGAUCCAGGUCUUGUUGGGCCUAAGGGUGAUGCUGGUGAAACUGGAGUGCCUGGAGUUGAAGGUCCCAGAGGCUUUCCGGGAAUCCCAGGCAGGAAAGGAGAACCUGGAGAAAGUUCCUAUGUAUACCGCUCAGCAUUCAGUGUAGGAUUGGAGACCCGAGUCACCGUCCCCAAUGUUCCCAUUCGUUUUACCAAGAUCUUCUACAAUCAGCAAAACCACUAUGAUGGCAGCACGGGCAAAUUCCACUGCAACAUUCCUGGGCUGUACUACUUCUCCUACCACAUCACAGUCUACUUGAAGGAUGUGAAGGUCAGCCUCUACAAGAAGGACAAGGCUGUGCUCUUCACCUAUGACCAGUACCAGGACAAGAACUUGGACCAGGCCUCAGGCUCUGUUCUCCUCUAUCUGGAGAAGGGCGACCAAGUCUGGCUCCAGGUGUAUGGGGAUGGAGAUCAUAAUGGGCUCUAUGCCGAUAAUGUCAAUGACUCCACCUUCACAGGCUUCCUUCUCUACCACGACACCAACUGAUUACCACUAACUCAGAGCCUCCACCACGCCAAACAGCCCAAAAGUCAAAGAACAGUCCACAGGUUUCCAUUGUAGUUAGGAAAAUGAUUUUAUUAUCUAGUUGGAGGGCUCUGAACAUUAGUCACUCAUUUACUCAUUCAUUCAUUUACCAAGUACCUUUAAAAAAAUCAUAUAUUGUGUUCCCAGUCCUGAAGAAGACAUAUUCCCUGGCCUCAAGAGUCUGGAUGUAUUGGCAAUGAAAGGAUGGUAACAUUUACUGGGGAGUUUCAGAUACAUGACAAGAUAAACUACAAGAAAGUCUUCGACAAUGCUAUUCUGUGCCCCCUGUUUCUCCUGAUGUUCAUGCCAGUCCUGUGAGGUACACAGGAAAGAUAUUAUUCUUCUCUUUUUAUACUUGGGGUCCUGAGGCUGAGACAGUUAAGUGAAUACCUAAGGUCACACAGGUAUUCACUGGCGGAGCUAGAAAUCAAACCCAGGGCUGUGGCCCUUUUCCACUAGCCUGAGUCCUUUUUACAGAAUAUACGGCCUCUUUGGGGAUGUUGGUAGGGGUCUCCCACCCAGCUCACCUGGCUCACCUUUGAAUUUGCCUUCAUCGUACGUUAUGCCUUUCCCCCAGCAGAACUCCCUCAGAGAAGGUGGUUCUAUGACUAGGUCUCAUCCCAGAGGGAUGAAUCAGUGGCCCCUGCGCUAUUCUGUACUCCUCUUCUCCGUGUCUUUCCUUAUGCUCUUCCCUCUGGCCCAGAAAACCAACUCCAUCUCCAAGUGCUGAAAUCCUCCCUGUUCCUCGAGGCCACCUGGUCGAGAAGCUUCUCUGAUGAGACAGCUCUUUCCUGCAAACCUUCCUCGCACACUGUUCCCCUGUGACCCUCCGCAUGUGACCCUGGAGGAGAAUCCCGGGUAUGGGAGACAGCCUCCCACCAGGCCAGGGAAACUGCCUGGGGAGGACUGUGUUUCCUUUCCCCCUGAGUCUCCCGGCAGGUUUACGAUAAAUGCCUCACGAAGACCAGUCUCUUGAAUCUCACAUCUACCCAGAAUUGACUCCAUUUCAGUCUCUCCAUGUAACUAAUCCUUAUCUACAAAAAACAUUUUUAUUUUAGGAACUCCCUGAUUGUGAGCAUCCAAUCUUUGCUCCACUGAACAGCUGAAUCUUUUCCACUGGGGUUAGGGAUGAUCAUGCCUUCCAGAACACUUAAAGAAUUUUCCCUCAAGGAGGUAGCUUGAGUCUGUGAUGAAAAACCCACAAAGGAGUUCGGAAACCAUUCUUUCCUUGAGUACCAGCUGGAUCUGGGAAGACGGGCCUUCUGAGUCUAUUCUUGUUCUUUAACAAUUCCACAAAAAGAAAGAAGAAAAGAAAAUGAUAACAAUUUGAAGUGAUGGAUAUGUUAAUUAGCUUGAUUGUGGUGAUUAUUUUACAAUGUGUAUGUAUCUUCAAAUUCUACAUCUUAAAUAUACGCAAUUUUUUACUGUCAAAUAUUUUUCAAAAAAAUUACAGAUCGUUGAUAGUAAUAAACAGCUUCUCAGGAGACAAUAGCUUGAGUAACACUCUUCAAAGAUUUUAGCAAAAGCAGAAUUAAUAGGAUUCUGGAUAAAUAUAGAAGUGGAAAACCUAUUUUUUGCUUACGGUUUUAAAUUCUGAAUGAUUCCCUUUUAUACGUGUACUCCUGUUCAUUAACUAUUAUUUCUACAUAUAGAGCUUUGUCUCUUAAAAUGCUUACCUAUCAUUAUUUUCAAGUAAAGAUACUGUCCAGCAUUAAAAGCAGAAGCACUUGCAUCACGUGCCUUUUGUUUUCAUUUUUGGAGAAAGACAUGGGGGUUAGAGAGGAACAAAGCGAUAAACCUUCUGUUAGGCAGGAUUCUACGUUGUAAACGACAGAAAAUCCAACUCAAACUAACCUAAGGAAAAAAGGUAUUUCCUUGCAUAAUGGGAAAUAUCAGAGCUGUUCUGUCUUCAGGUAAGGCUUGAACUAGUGGCUCAAGCGAUAUCAUCCAAGACCCUUUUCUGUCUGUCCUUCCACUCUGCAUUCAGCGGGGUAGGCGUCCCUUUCAGGCUCUAUACUGUCUAGUUCUAGGCUCUCCCUCAUGAUAUCAAAAAGACUGUAACCUGGGUAAUUGUAGGGCUCACUUCAUUUGUUUCCCUUCUCUUAUGGAUCAUAGUCCUGCACUACCUGUUGUCCAAUAUCUGAAAUUUAUUUUUCGUCUAUUUCCUCCAGUUUUCUAGUUGCUUAUGGUGGGAGGAUAAUUCCAGACUCCAUAAAUCUGUCAUGGUUGGAAAUGCAACCCCAGAGUUUUAAUGAUAUUUCAUCAGUUACAGUUCCAGCUUAUAAAUCUUUUGUUCUUUUUGCCUUCAGUACUAUGAAUAAGAAGACUUUAGAAAGUUGGUAAUGGUAUCAUCAUACAUUUAGUAUUGUGUUGUUAAUGAAGUAUAAAGGCACUUGCUUUUAUGUAAGUUUCUGGUCAUUUAUCAGUGGAAGAACCAUUUAACAAUAUUUUUUGAUUUUUUUCUGAUUACAAAGAUAAUGCAUUUUCAUCACAAAAAAUUGGAAAGUACAGGACAGUUUCAAGGAAAAAUAAAAUUCAAUCAUAAUUCUCCUUCCAAGAGACUAUUACAGUAAACAUUUUGUUCUACCAGUUCUUUUGUGUAUAUACAUAUAUACAUAUAUAAGUUGAUAGUGAUUUCUUAAGCUACAGUAUUGGGGGACAGGGUAGGGUAUCACAAAUAACCCUCAAACUAUAAUUUAAACCAAAAUUGUCAGAAUGCUUUAGAAUAUAGUUUGAAGGUAAAGCAGUUUAGUUUAGUAGACAUUUUACAUGUAAGCAACCUAUGCAAUAUAUACAUAUAUAGAAUCAUUAUGUUGUACAUCUGAAGCUAAUAUAGUGUCAAAUGUCAAUUAUAUCUCAAUUUAAAAAAGCCCAGUGUGUUAGAGGAACGAAUGUUAGCUUUCGCUAUGGUACAAGGAUAGUCUUUUCUAGGGUUAGGCUGACUCUUCCUUCGUUCACUUCCUCAAAAACUGAAGGAACUGUGGACUUUGUUUUCAACAAGUCUAACCACGUGUGACAAAGAGAUAGCUGAUUCUUUUUAGCCUAAUCCCCAUGCCUAGGAGUAGAAGGUCAGCAUCUCCAAUAAUAAAAGAAAUGCACAUUAAAAAUGAAAAAAAAAAAAAAAAACCCAACCUUUGUUUGGGUUCUCAACACUUUUGGAUUUAUGGCGUACGUUGCAUUCUAGAAAUUUUGGCAGCACUCAAGAAGGGCUUGCUGACUAAGUCAGGGGUCACUCCUCAGCAGUGGUGGCUCCCGUGAGUGUAAAAGCACCCUUCACUAGCACACUAAUUAUUUGGUUGCCUUCUAUACCGCUUCACAGUUUGAGAACGCGAGGUUCCAUGACUUUGCUCUCCUACAUAAUUUCCAGUAAAUGGAUCUUAGUGAGAUGAAUCUGCUUAGGGAGUGGCGUUUUCCGAAAUGUGUAAUUUUCACAGCAGAAAAAGAGGUGUUUGAAUGAAGAACCUCAGGGAGUCAGGUUAAGAAUGGGAUUAUUUCUACAAGGUGAUGCCUGUGCUGGGCUUAACUUCUUAAGAGCUUUCUUUUGGACUUUACCAAAAGCCUCGUUUCAAGCAUUUCUUAAGGUUUGCUCUUCCUGCAAUGUUUUAAUUUCCUUAAAUUUCUUGAGCUACUUAGUACAGUCUUUUGUUGUGGUGUAGGGGACAUGAAAGGGACAGGACAGUCAAAUAAGGCGAGGCUUGCCCUAAAUCAACCUCCAGUGUUUGUGGAGAGGAAACAGUAAGCUGUGUGGCUUGUGUUCAGAAGUGUCUGACAGGGAACAGGAGGCCUGUGGCAAAGCUGAGAGAAGCUGCAAAGCCACUCCACUCACAAGAGGGCCAAGUGGAGUCACCUAAGACACAAUGUUUGCUUUUCCUGUAUUUCUCCUGGAGGAAACAGACCAUUUAAAAGGGACAGGAGGAAGAGGAAAUUUGGAUUACAUAAUACAGUUGUUAAAAAAUUGGAAUCACACUGAACAUUCAGCGUUUGCCCUGCCUUUUUAAGUAAAUUGAAUAUUUUUCUAUGUCAUGGAA